AAAAACACAUUGCUUUCCCUUCCUCACCUCCCCCAUCCUCUGUUCUUUCUUCUUCUUUGCUGCUUUAGUCCAUUUUUUUCUGAAAAAAAUAAAAGAGAAGAAAACAAUAAGCCCAAACCCUAAACACUGAACAUUUCCCAGCUUGAGAGCAGCCAUAUUUAUGCUGUUGAAGUUUCAACAUUAUAGUGAAAGUGAAGGAGCAAAGCCAGCUGAUAAACCUUAGAAACCUUCAAUGGCCGCUACAUUUGUCCAUUAGUUUGAACCAUAAUAAGCAAAGAAGAAAAGGGUUCUUUUUUUUUUUUGUUUGUUUGUUUAAUCUUGACUCUUUUUUUUUAGUCCAUUCUCUCUAACACCCAAAACCCUUACUAAAGCAAAGAACCCAAAGCUCUUUUUGUCAUAUUCUUCCCCCCCCCCCCACAUUUUUUUUUUGUUUUUCCCUGCCUUUAACUGAAGCGAAACAAGCAAAAAAUAAUCCCAUAUUCCUCAAGCCCCUGAACCUAACAAUGCCAAACCCAAAACCCAAUUUCCUUUCCUUUUACAAACUCCUUUGCUUCCUGCUUCUCACCGAUGUAGCUUUGGUAGCUUCAAAAUCAACAAUCGAGCCUUGUUCCAACUCUGAUUCAUGCAAUGCUUUGUUGGGGUACACUCUCUACACCGACCUGAAAGUCGCCGAGGUUGCUUCCCUCUUCCAGGUUGACCCCAUUUCGGUCCUCACGGCCAAUGCCAUCGAUAUCUCUUACCCGGAUGUCGAAAACCACAUCCUUCCUUCCCAACUCUUCGUCAAGAUCCCCAUUCUAUGUUCUUGUGUUGAUGGGAUUCGGAAAUCGGUUUCCACUCACUACAAGACCCGACCCCAAGACACGCUUUCGUCGAUUGCGGAUUCUAUUUACGCUGGUUUGGUGUCAGCUGACCAGAUUAGGGAGGCUAACUCGAUUGAUGAUCCUUCGGUUCUCGAUGUUGGGCAAAACCUUGUUGUUCCUUUGCCGUGUACUUGUUUUAAUGGGACUGAUAAUGGACUCCCUGCUAUUUACCUUUCAUAUGUGGUGAAGCCAGUGGAUACUUUAGCUGGAAUUGCAGCGAGUUACUCCACUACCAUAACAGAUUUGAUGAAUGUUAAUGCUAUGGGGGGUACUUCUAUUACGCCUGGCGACAUUUUAGCUGUUCCUUUGUCAGCUUGUGCUUCGAAUUUUCCUAAAUAUGCCUCGGAUCAUGGAUUGAUUGUGCCAAACGGGAGCUAUGCUAUUACUGCUAGCCAUUGUGUUCAGUGCAGCUGUGGACCGGGGAGUCGCAAUUUGUACUGCAUGCCUGCUUCUUUGGCUGUUUCUUGUUCAAGCAUGCAAUGUAAAAGCAGCAAUCUCAUGCUAGGGAACGUUACAGUGCAGCAAAGUAGUGCUGGAUGCAAUGUCACUUCUUGUGCUUAUAGUGGUUAUGCAAACGGCACCAUUAUCACUUCGUUGUCAUCAUCUCUCCAACCUCGAUGUCCAGGACCACAGCAAUUUCCUCCCCUUGUAGCCCCACCUACAUACGUAACGCGGGAUUCAGUUUUUGCCCCAGCACCUGCACCCCAGUCAGAUGGUGCCACCACCGCAACAGUGCCCAAGACUUCUACAGUGCCAUCUACUGGGUCUCUUCCUGGAUUUCCCCCAGCAGGUGCCCCUUUCGGAAGCUUAUCUAAUGCUUCGACAUUGAUGAAUUCAGCUGCCGCCCUUCCUGCUGCACUUAUGAUGUACUUGCUUGCCAAAUUAAUCUCACCCUUGUCAUUGUAAUUUUGCUUGUAAGUUGUGGUGGCUAUUUGGUUUGUAAUGUUGCUUAGUUUUUGACCUGUCCCGCCUCUUUGUUCGUUCUAUGUAACUUUGUUCAAGACUGUAUUUACAUUUUCCGGGUGGGUUCUCAAAACUCACUAGUGAAGCUAAUUUGCUUGAUUGAUCAUGGCAGUUUUCGACA